UAUGAAAUCUAGUUCAAAAACCUACCAAAUGACAAACACACUAGAGUACUAAACACAAACGAGUAACCUUCCUUGUUUUGCAUUUCCAGUUCCGACCUUCUCUCUUCCCGAAUCUAUCUCCUGUCCGAAAUGCCAUUACACUCCCUCCUCCCACUCAUCACUACAACACACACACUCUUCCUCAUUUUCUCUCUCCUCCGCUCCCCCACCUUCUCCACCGCCCACUACAACCCAUCACCAUCCACCCCCUCCCCUCUCAUCUCCGAAUGGGAGUCAGCGCGUGCAACAUAUUAUGCUGGUACUAACCCACGCGACAUUGUCGGUGGCGCAUGCGGGUAUGGCGAUCUCGACAAAGCCGGGUAUGGUAAAGCGACUGUCGGAUUAAGUACUGCUUUGUUUUCCAAAGGACAGAUCUGCGGUGCUUGUUAUGAAGUCCGGUGUGUUGAGGAUCUUCGGAAUUGUAUUCCGGGUACAUCUAUUCUUGUUACUGCUACUAAUUUUUGUGCCCCCAAUUAUGGAUUUACAGCGGAUGGUGGUGGCCGUUGUAAUCCUCCUAAUAAGCAUUUUGUUCUUCCCAUUGAAGCUUUUGAGAAGAUCGCCCUUUGGAAGGCUGGUAAUAUGGCUAUUCAAUACCGAAGGAUGAGAUGCAGAAAGGAAGGAGGGAUUCGGUUUGCCAUUGAUGGAUCUGGAGUAUUUAUAUCUGUUCUGGUGAGCAAUGUUGCAGGUGCAGGUGAUGUUGUUGGUCUAAAAGUAAAGGGAUCACAAACUGGAUGGCUUCCUAUGUCAAGGAAUUGGGGCCAGAAUUGGAUACUGAAUGCCAAUUUGAAAAACCAACCUCUUUCAUUUGAGGUAACUACGAGUGAUGGGGCGAUUCUCAUGUCAUACAAUGUUGCUCCUAAGAGUUGGAAAAUUGGCCAAACUUUUGAUGGAAAACAAUUUGAUUGAGGCCUAUGAUAGAUAGAUAUGUCAUCUUAUACUUGUAGUUGCUGAGUAGAAUUCAGUUGUACGAGCUACCACCUUCAUUAGUUAAUAGUUAGGUUAAAACUACGAAUGAGCCAAAGGCGUAGGGUAAAUUUGUCUGUAUCAUUAUUGUAUCAUGUGGAUGUACACUAUUCUAUUCCCCAGUUUUGAGAUAAAGAAAUUAUUGGCUUGAAGCCAUCUUUCA